UCCAUAAAUUUUCAGACCCACCAUCCUUUUUCCUUUCUAUUGGAUUGUCCUGAGGCCUCACCGUCGUAGAGAGAGAGAGAGAGUGAGAGAGAAUAUACAGGCAACCAUGUUGGGAGUUUUUAGCAGCUCAAUAGUGUCGCCACCGGACGAGCUGGUGGCAGCAGGCUGCCGUACUCCGUCGCCGAAGAUAACGGCUGCGAAGCUGGUCAACCGGUUCGUAGGGAACACCUCCUCGGCGGUAUCUGUACAGAUCGGCGAUCACGUCCAAAUGGCUUACAGUCACCACAACGAGUCUGCUUCACAUCCCAGAUCAUUUGCAGUCAAGGAUGAAAUAUUCUGCUUGUUUGAGGGAGCACUUGACAACUUGGGGAGUCUGAAGCAACAAUAUGGCCUAGCCAAGUCUGCGAACGAGGCGGUUUUGGUCAUCGAGGCUUACAAGGCCCUCCGUGACCGGGCACCUUACCCUCCUAACCAUGUUGUUGGCCACCUUGAGGGGAAUUUCGCCUUCGUUGUCUUCGACAAGUCCACUUCUACCUUGUUUGUUGCCACUGAUCAAUUUGGUAAGGUUCCUCUGUAUUGGGGAAUCACUGCUGAUGGGUAUGUUGCAUUUGCUGAUGAUGCUGAUUUGCUUAAAGGUGCUUGUGGCAAGUCACUUGCUUCUUUCCCUCAAGGAUGUUUCUACUCAACAGCAGUUGGAGAACUGAGAAGCUAUGAAAAUCCCAAGAACAAGGUCACUGCUGUUCCUGCCACUGAGGAGGAAAUCUGGGGAGCUAAAUUCAUGGUGGAAGGGCCAUCAGUUUUUGCAGCCACAAAGUGGUAGACGACUGUUUGUAUCUUUGGAUGAAAAAAUUGAGAGAUAUUCAUGUCAAUCAGGGCUGGGCAUGAAGGAGUGGGCUCCAUGUAAAGAAUUGUAAGUGAGAGUUGGUUUGUAGUUGUUAACAGAAGAAUGAGAGUGGACUUUUUAUGUCAUGAACUUCAAUCUGUGUACAGGAACUGAUUUCAAUAAAGUUUGAAUGGUCUGAGAUGAAAAAAAAUGAAGUAAUGAUCUUGGUUGAGCAUGAUAUAUAAUGUCAUUACCUACCCCUUUUAUUUA